GGCGUCGCGUCAGUCGCAUUCAGUCGAUCGUACAGUUGCGAUCGUUGUGUUCCGGCUUGCGUCUUCUCUCGGUUCUCCGCUUCUCUCCUCCGCUCGCGCCAAACAGGAAAGUGAGCAAAAAUCCAACGCGCGUGAAAAGCGAACACACAGCGCCGAUUUCGUUUGCGGAGAGCAAAACUGAACACCCCGUCUAGGAAUAAAAGCAUCGCGAUAGUCGCCGGCGCGUGAAACGCAACACACAAGUCUGCAAGAUGAGCACUCCGGUGAAGAAGGUGCCCAUUCAUCUGCAGAGCGCGCAGAACAGAUUGCUGAUCAAAAACGGCAAGGUUGUCAACGAUGACGGAAUCAUCGACAGCGACGUCUACAUUGAGGAUGGCAUCAUCAGACAAAUGGGUCGCAACCUCAUCAUACCGGGUGGCACGAGAAUCAUCGACGCGAGGGGAAAAUACGUGAUGCCCGGCGGUAUAGACCCGCAUACUCAUUUGGAGUUCGAAUUCAUGGGUACCAAGACGGUGGACGACUUUUAUCAGGGCACGAAGGCCGCGGUCGCAGGCGGUACCACGAUGAUCAUCGACUUUGUGGCACCGCGAAAAGACGAGAGCCUGAUAGAGGCUUACGAGAGAUAUCGAGAGAACGCCGAUCAGAAGGUGUGCUGCGAUUACGCGCUGCACAUCGUUGUUUCAUCAUGGAGUCCGAAGGUCAGAGAGGACAUGGAGACGCUGACGAAGAUUCACGGUGUCAAUAGUUUCAAGAUGUUCAUGGCGUACCGUGACUUGCUCAUGCUUAGAGACCCGGAUCUGAUCGAGGCUUUCAAAGCCUGCAAGGAGAUCGGCGCUGUUGCGAUGGUGCAUGCGGAAAACGGUGACAUUAUCUAUGAGAAUGCGAAGAAACUGCUUGCCGCAGGAGUUACCGGCCCGGAGGGCCACGAGAUGUCACGUCCUGAGGAAGUUGAGGCGGAGGCUGUGAACAGAGCGUGCAUUAUCGCCAAUCAGGUCAAUUGUCCGCUGUACGUAGUGCAUGUGAUGAGUCGUAGCGCCGCCGAGCAAGUGGAGGCCGCGCGUAAGCGCGGCGCGUGCGUCUUCGGCGAGACUUUGGCGGCCGCGAUCGGCACCGACGGCACCAACUAUUGGCACAAAUGCUGGAAACACGCCGCGGGUCAUAUUAUAAGCCCGCCACUCAGACCGGAUCCGGAAACACCGAUGGUACUGCUGAACAAAUUGACCAAUCCGCUGUACGUAACGUCGAUCUCGAGCAAGUCCGCGGCCGACGUCUUGUCGGCGAAACGUUCGGAGGGUAUCAUCGUUUUCGGAGAGACUCUGGCGAGCGCUAUCGGUAUCGACGGUAGUGAGCAAUAUGGCAAAGACAUGGAGAGAGCGAGGCAUUUUAUUACUAGCCCGCCGUUGCGGCCCGACUCAACGACACCUGCCUAUCUAACCGAACAUCUGGCCCAAGAUACUCUUCAGCUUAUUGGCAGCGACAAUUGCACGUUUAACUCCGAUCAGAAGGCUCUGGGUAAGGACGACUUCACGAAGAUUCCCAACGGCGUAAACGGCGUAGAGGACAGAAUGUCCGUUCUCUGGGAGAAGGGCGUGCACGCCGGUAUCAUGGAUCCCACCCGUUUUGUCGCCGUCACCAGCACGAACGCCGCCAGAAUCUUCAACUUGUAUCCCCGAAAGGGGGUCAUAGCCGUCGGCUCGGACGCCGAUAUUGUCGUUUGGGAUCCGAACAGGAAGCGUACCAUUUCCGCUCAGACCCACGUCCAGGCCGUUGACUUUAAUAUCUUUGAGGGUAUGGAAGUAACUGGUGUACCUGAAUACGUGAUUGUCAACGGACGCAUUUGCGUGGACGAGUGCGAGCUCAAGGCUGUUCAUGGUUUCGGAAAGUACGUGAACACGGAGCCAUUCGGAACUUACGUGUACGACAUGAUAAGCGACAAAGAAAAGAGACCGCGCGGAGUUGCGCGAACCGAGGCGGAAGCGAAGCGAUUUGCCGAGGAAGACGCUGCGAUCGCGAAAGCUAAAGAAGAAGCGAGAGCGGCAGCUGCAGCACGUGCCAAUCAGAACGGUACGAUUCACGAGAGUCCGAAGAUAAAACUGCAAACCGGAAAUUAUAUGGCUACCUUCCCGGAUUCGGCUGUGGUAACGCCAUCUACGAAGGGCCCGAGGCUCGAAGGGCAGAGAAAUCUGCAGGAUACUACUUUCUCUAUCAGCGAGGACGUUGAAGAGGCACGAAAGGCAUGCAUUCGCGUAAAUAAUCCACCGGGCGGUCGCAGUGCGGGAGGCUUUUGGUAAUUUAAACAAAAGACAGAGAAACAUCUAUCUCUUUUUUUUUCUCUCUUUCUCUCUCUUGAGAUUCGCUUUUUCGUAAUAAGGACUCAAGACGAGAGAAAUGAAUGAAACUUUAUAUUUCUUCCUUUCCUCUCAUCAUCACGCUCCUGUCAUUUGUCACCACCAAAUAAUAUUCAUUCACUUCAUUCGUUUCGGAGUAUCGUCCUCGCUUUCAGGUUCGCUAAUCAUCAAAUAUAUCACAUUAAGUUCAGUUCUUUUCACACUCUAUUCCCAUCGAUCAAGGUCUGUUCCAUCAAAGGAGGAUGCGGCAGCCGCUGGCCAGUAGGUUGUACAUGUAUGUAGUUCAUACACAUUCACUUUAAUCGUUUCACUCUCGCUUCAUUAUCGCUUCAUCGCUGUAAUGUAUAUCACUGGCGCGCUUCACGUCAUUGACCUUGGUCCGUUCCUCAAUUGUUUUUUUUUCUUUUUUUUUUUUUUUUUUUUGACACAC